AUUAAAAAUUAGUGUCUGAAAACAAGAUAUUACUUGCAAUGAACAAAUCUUUGAAGGAGUCUUCUUGUCCAAACGUUUUGGUCUGAAGCCCUGGUGUUGAAGCCUUUGCUCUCAAAUCCUGUACUCUCAGCCCCUUUGUUCUGAAGCCGUCGCUCUCAAACCCUUUGCUCUCACAGUCGUCAUUGUCAGACACUGCAUCUUGGGCCACUCUGUUUUAUUUUGGAAGGUAUUGUUGGUUCAGUUAUUGCUAAAGAAGGCAGUCUGCCUGACGCUUCUGCUCUCGUAUCCGGUGCUUUCAAGAUACUACCAAUUCUUGUAAGAAAGCUUGUGUUUUACAUUUAAGAUCUGGAGAUGUCUCGGAUAAAGUCCUUCGGCUUUUGAUGUCGGUGCCUUCAAUCUUUACACUUCUUUACGGAGUCAGUUCGUCAAUCUUUUUCUUUUUCUCUUCACUGGGAAUGAGGGUUUUGCGAAGCCUUGAGGUCUGGAAACUAGGAGUUGUCAACUACAUUGAUGCAUUGAAACUGCAGGAAAAACUGGCCUUGGAUAGAAAGCUUCAUAAGAGACGUGAUACUCUUCUGUCUUUGCAACACCCCCCUACAUACACUGUGGGCAAAAGGCAAACUGUUCACAAUUUGUUAAUUCCCCAGUCAGAGUUGGAAGCAAUUGGAGCUGAACUUCACUACACUCAAAGGGGAGGAGACAUUACAUUUCAUGGUCCCCGCCAAGCCAUUUUGUAUCCUAUCAUAUCACUUCGUGACAUUGGGCUUGGUGCUCGGAGUUUUGUGGAGAAAAUCGAGUCAACCAUGAUUGAACUGGCUGCUAUGUAUGGCGUGAAAGCUUGUCCUGGGCAAAGUGGUGAAACUGGGGUAUGGGUUGGAGAAAGGAAGAUAGGUGCUAUUGGCGUUCGGAUAUCGGGUGGAAUCACUUCUCAUGGGAUGGCAUUUAACAUUGAUCCUGAUUUAAGCUACUUCAGGCACAUUGUUCCUUGUGGAAUUGCGGAUAAAGAUGUAACAUCUUUGAGAAGGGAGACAGAUGUUGUCCUUCCCGAGGGAGAAAUAGUACAGGAACAAUUGAUUUCAUGUUUUGCAAGAGUCUUUGGUUAUAAUAACCUGAUUUGGAAGGAGGAUGCUUCAGUACAUUUUGAUUACGAAACUGAACGAGAUCGAGUUACUUGAGCUAGCAUACAACUGUAGAUAUUUGUUUCUUCUUUCAUUCUUUUUCAAAUCUUUAAGUUAAUACAAUUCUUUCUUAUCUACAUAUGUACCAGAACAUGAUCGAGGAAUCAAUUUGAUUAAACUAGCCAAUGAAUAUUAUUUAAACAAAAUAUCAUAUUAAGGUUGUUAGUGCAUAUUCUAUUUA